AGGACUUGCACUCCAUCGACCCCUUGCUGUUACACAAAUCAAAGGAACUGGCUGCGUCGAUUCUAGAAUUUACCAACUACCUGCUCCUUUUACGUACAGCGCUCCGGCCUUGGCCCCAGCUCGCGCCAAGAGUCCCGGCCGAUGCUGCCUCUUCCCCGCACUUCCUCUGCUUUCCAGCAUACUCAUGAGACUCCCUCCAUCUCCCAUCCGGCUGCGAGUGUAAUCCGUGCUAACGUUCUUCCAGUCCUCCUCCCUCAGCGCCGAGGUGCUCCCCCGACGUCGCUUUCUUACCCUUUGUUGUAGUAACGCAUGCGUGCCCGUCAAACACCAGCCCGUUGGCAGCCAAGUCUUCCCUGUUAUCAUCCCACCAAUCCUCCAUCCGAUCCUCAUUUUCUAGACCCGUCGCGACGAGCACGAUAGGGACCUGCCCGUGGAAGACGACGCGUUGGAAGAUAUCGUAGUUGAUCUUGACGAUGCUCCGGAACCGGCUCCCACGCACAACAUACACGAGCAGAUGUACUCCGCCCUGGAGCUGCUUCAGGAGUUCAACCAACUUCUCGCACGCCUCGUCCGCUGUCACUGAGCCCUUGGAGCCCUCAUUGAGCCCCGCGGUAUCCCAGAGCACGUACUCGCGCUCGUCGAUGGUGACUUUGUAUGGCUCCGUCUUGAAGGUGCAUCCAAGCGCCUGGUUAGAGACUGCUGCAGGCGCGUUAUCGUCGCUAGAGAGCAUGUUGACUAAAGAUGCUGCAAGGGAAUAUUGGUCGUGCAGGCCUGCAUUUGUUGCGGAAGUGGCCAUCGCACGAAGUGUAGGCGGCAGGGGAUGGUCGAUAAGGGUGGGAGAUAGUGUUGGCCCUGCUGCCUGAUCGGUCUGGGUAGCAUCAUGGGCACGAUGAGGGGAGAGUUGAUGUGCCGUUGGGAGGGAGCUGUCGGAUGGGCUGAAGGACGCGGGUUGGCAAUUUGGUGCUGGAGUAGACGCGGUGUGAGGUGCAGAUGGCAAUGGUUUGGAAGGGUAGGCUGUAGUCGUGGAUGCAGAGCCUACUGUGUCCUGACCAGGCUGGAUGGUGACAUCGGCGCGAGCGGGAGCUACGUUAGAUGAGGCAGGGAAGCCCCAAAUGUGGCCCCGCUGUUACGAUUUGAAGAGUGGCUAUAUGCGUUGGGACGUGACUGCGUCGAAUUUGCUGAAGGGGCAUUGGGCUGAACGUCUGACUGUAUGCUGUGCCAUGCGUUGCUGGAUGGGGUCCUCACCAGGGUAGUGCUUCACCACGUAGAUGCCAAACCCUGCGACUCUGUAAUGUCAAAGAUAAGGGGGUCUCCCGAACCCUUGGCAGGUGACCUUUACUGAUGACAGUGGGACGCCUGACUAGGAAAGCUCUAAGACUUGGUGUCCUCGUGUAAACCUUGUUAUCCCAUCUUCUAUUGUCCCUCGGGUGGCUAACUCAAUUGUAAUUUCCGUUAGGCGCUGGGGCACCCUCAUAGCUGGUGUACCCGGGAACUCCUUCUCUUCCGCAUCCGUGCCCCAUAAUGUCAUACAUUUGAGCGCUGAAAACCUCGCCCCAUUGACUCUAGCAGUGCUUUGUACGUUCUUGUUCGGGAUGAGAUACAGCCGCUUCUAUCCGACAUCGCCACGACUGUUAACGGGUACCACUGGAUGCAACAUCCUUUUUUGUGAAUCACCUCGACGGUGUAAACCGAGGCGUCCGUGUCUUGAUACCGCAGACAUCACCCUUUUCGCUCUGAAGAUCCGUUUGACAUGAGCCAACCCUUGAACAUCAUUCUGUUUGGCGAAACCGGCGCCGGCAAGAGCUCUAUCGUAAACAUGCUCACCGGACAUCCAAUCGCUGAGAUCUCCAACGAAGCCCAGGGCUGCACGUUCAAGUUCGACUGGUACCCCGUUGACAUUGGCGGCGAAACCUACCGCAUCUUCAAUACUGCGGGGCUCGACGAGGGUGUCGAAGGCACGAUGCCGCCCGAGGACGCGAUCGUGCAGCUAUACCAGCUCAUGACGAAUCUCGAGGGUGGUAUCAGCCUCAUCAUCUUCGUGAUGCGAGGCCCGCGCAUCAAGGACGCGUCGCAACGCAACUGGCGUCUUUUUUAUGAGAUCUUCUGCAAGCAGCAAGUAAAUGCAGCUAUAGUCAUUACUGGACUCGAACAGGAGGACGACAUGGACGACUGGUGGCCGAGGAACAAGGCGCAUUUCUACAGCUACGGGAUGCGUCCGUUCGGCGCGGCAGGCAUUACGGCGACUUUGGGGAAGAGGAAGGGGAACCGGUACCUCUUCCAGGAGGAGUACGACGAGUCUGUGGCAAAGGUCAGGAAGCUGAUCCGCGAUAACGCGAUGCCGAACCCGCGUUGUAUCGACAAGGUCGAGUGGUUCGCGGACGUGAUGUUGCUUUGGUGUAUUCCCGUUGGUCAGAAGAGUACGGCUGAGGUGCAGCGAUUGAUAGACCGAUGCGGCAUGUCGCAGGACAAAGCGGGGCGCCUCGCGCGGAGGCUUAGUUACGUGUAAAUACCUGCGAGCGAGACUAUUUUUC